UUUUCCUCGUCACCCCUUCAACUUCGAUCUCCAAGGGCUUCUCCAAAGCUCCUUCCUUCUUUGGGCUAACGAUCCCAUCCGCUCCCCACACCCUCGCUGGUUCUUCGCUAUUGCAGUACACUUCCCUUCCUCGGGUUUGUCAACAACAUAAAUUCGCACGAGGCAAAGGGCAUUUGCAAUUCCGAUUCGGAGUGCUGAUAUUAUACUACCACAGAAACCUUCGAUUACAAGUCCGGGGACGGCGGCUGGAUAUAGUUCUUGUUGCCUAUCUAUCUUUAUCCAAUAACAUACCCGCACCCAGGCUCUAACACGGCAUAGUCGAUACGCAAAAUGCAGUAUCUUACGGGCGCACUCAUCUUCAUUUCUGCCGCCAGCGUGGCGUUGGGCCAGAGUACGGCCUCGUCGUCAUGCGCGGCUCAAAAUAUUCUUGAUGCAUGUCUGGCCACAGAGAAUACGCAACUGGGAACAUGCCAAUCAAAUGAUUAUAAGUGUCUGUGCGACAAGUACACCAAUGUCUUGACGUGCUACAACAACUGUCCUGGCGACUCUGGCAAAUUCUCUGCCCAGCAAAACGUCGUAGCCAACUGCAACGCCGCAAGCGUGUACGCAACUUUGACCGCAAAGAAGACCUCUGAGCUCUCCUCUCUCACUGAUCUCGCGAAGAGCGCGACUUCCAAAGUUGCUGCCGCCGCAUCCUCACUUACUUCGAAAUACGGCUCGACCCUUGGCAGCGAAAUCAAGUCCCUGUCCUCCGCGGCCAAAUCACGCGCUGGUGCAGCAGCUAGCACCGCGACCGCGACAUCGCACACUGGCACCGGAAAGGAGACCAGCGCCGCCACUGCCACCGGCUCGAAAAGUCACAAUGCAGCAUCUGGCCUGGUUGUCGGACUCGGCCGUGGCGGCAUGGGUGCGGCAGUCGCGCUGGUUGGGCUUGGUGGCCUGGUUGUGGGAUGGGGAAUAGGGGGCUUUUGAUCUGAUUUACCCUUCGUAGUUUAUCUCUGAUUUUGAGAGGUCGGACCACAACCCGUGGGAUAUGAGUAACACACUCGUUUUAUUGAGAAACAUACAAAAAAAGACACUCGUUUGAAAGGAAAAUAGUCACUCGUUCAGAAAAAGAAGAGAAAAGAAAAACACUAUUUCAGACAUGAGUCUGGAAGCAUUCGUUUGGACAAUUGUUAUCUUCAAUGGGAGCGGGAAGAAAUUGGUGUAUUUUGUUUCAUUGGCAGACAGUAGAUUACUCCAAGGACGAAAAUAAUGAAUAAAGAAAAGAAAACCAAAAGAACCUGC